AUUCGGACGCGACGCUUCGUCUCUCAGUCUCUGCCGAAGGAUCUUCCAACACACAAAACCCUAAACCCAUCAGUAACCUGUCUUAGUGUAGGAUUUGAUCGUGGUGGUAAUCGUGUUUUUCAUUUUGAUUGGGAAAGCUUGGCGCGUUUCAUUGAUGCCCCUAGACUUAAGUAUUUGCAUUUCGACCAAGAACUCUCGCCGGGUAAAACCAUAAGCAAUUUGGUCAGUUUUGUCGACGUCGUUCCUAUUACAGAUUCUUAUGAAGACUUUAGCUUAUCAGAGCUACAAAUGGUCCGUGAUUUUUUCAACGGUAUCUCGAGAGUUAAGGAUAUGGUCAUCUCUGAACACAUGAUGAAGUUAAUCUAUUCCUACAUGAAAGUAGAAUCAUUUCCCCAGUUUUGCAACCUGACCAGUUUGGAAGCACAAGUUUGUGACAUCGUGGAGAUCUUGCCUACGUUUCUUGAAAGCUUUCCGAAUCUAAAAUCAAUCGUCUUGGAUGUAAUUUAUGUCGACACGCCUCCAAUAACAGUCUCGUCCGUGCCUCAGUGUUUGUUGUCAUCGCUCGAGUUUGUUGAGAUAAAAAGCAGAUAUGAGGCAGAGUUUGUUUUGAUGGAACUAGCAAGGUACUUUGCAGAAAACUCUGUAAUCCUCAAGAAAAUCGUUCUGCGUUGGAAUCGUUCUAUGCUAGAAGAAGAUUCCGUCUUAAGGGAUCUCCUUGCAUUGCCCUGGCGAUCUAGCACUUGUGAAAUCGAAGUUUGUGGACCGCUAAAAAGACUUCUAGUUUCUUCCUGCUUGAAAGUAGAACCAUUGCUUCAGUUUUGCGAGCUGUUCCGUUUGGAAGCAAAAGUUUGUUUAGUAGACGUGGGAAUCCUGAUAACGCUUCUUGAAAGCUGCCCGAAUCUAAAAUCUAUCGUCUUGGAGGUAACUCGUCCUGCGAUCAUCGAUACGGAUCAAAUAGUAGCCUGGUCCGUGGCUCAGUGUUUGUUGUCAUCACUCGAGUAUGUAGAGAUAAAAUGCUGUUGCAAGGCAGAGGGUGUUGUAAUGAAACUAGCGAGGUUCUUUGCGGAAAACUCAGUAAUCCUCAAGAAGCUUGUUCUGCGUUGGAGAGGUUAUGUGCUUGAAGAAGAUUCUGUCUUAAGAAAUCUCCUUGCAUUCUCGUGGCGAUCUAGCACUUAUGAAAUCGAAGUUUGUGGACCGCUAAAAAGACUUUCCUUCAUUUUCUACUCAAGAGUAGAACCAUUGCCACAGUUUUGCAACCUGUACUGCCUUGAAGCACAAUUUUCUGAACACACCUUGAGCAUCCUGCCAAGGCUUCUUGCAUGCUGUCCGAAUCUAAAAUCCAUCGUAUUGGACUUAGCUCCUUCUCCUAUGUUGUGGAUGCAUCCCAUAAGAUUAUUGGCCAAGCCUCAGUGUUUGUUGUCAUCCCUCGAGUCUGUAGAGAUAAAAAGCAGAUUCGUAGGAACGUGUGUUGAAAGAGAAGUAGGAAGGUACUUUGUAGAGAACUCAGUACUUCUCAAGAAACUAGUUGUGCAUUUGAGCUGCUCCAUGGAACAACAAGGUUUAGGCGUCUUAAGGGAUCUCCAAGCAUUGUCGAAGCCAUCUAGGGUUUGUCAGAUCGUAUAUGUUGCUGAUGCUGAC